AUGGCGGACGACUACGAGAAUUGGCCGGUGAACGUCAGUUCGGGCAAUAAGCCAGCCCUUCGACCGACGCUCAAGAAAGCCGACGACACACUUACAAAUUUCAACGGUAUAUCGAAGGAUGCCCUUGUGGGGAUCUUUCUGGACUUUGAUAACAGAAACUAUCCGCUGUCUCUGAGCGACACUGAUAUCAAGGACAAAGUGACCGCCGCACAGAAGGCUAAGUUGAAAGAAGAGGUGAAUAGGCAGAAGGAGAUCGCGAAGCUAAAUAAGAAGCUGAAGGAAGAGGAACAGAAGGCAGAGCGAGAGAAACAGCGUAGCGCGAACGCAGCAGCAAGGUCUGAAUUAGAACAGAAGAAAGAGACGACCACGGUGAGGCCUGCGAAGACCAAGGCCAGCGCUCAAGAAGAUGAAGCUACCCCGAUCGACGGCGAAGCAGCGAAUCGAGAUCAAGAUGGAGAUGUGCGUAUGGCGGGAGAUGAGAAUGCGGCAGAGGCGGUACCAUUGGUCGAUCCGACAGCGGAGGCGGUCUCUAGUCCGGUCGACGGCGAGCGCAAGCGCAAGCGUAGUGCCACAGUGAGUCCAUCUGGCACCAAGCGGGCACGUACCGACCGACCGAAGACAUCGUUAAUCGUGAAGUUGAAGUUGCGGAUUCAGGAUGGAGUUGCGACUGGCGGCAUGCAGACUGCGACACAAGUAAGUGAGACCGAUUGCGACAAGAUCAUGGCUCUUGCUAACGACAAUGCUCAGGGUCUUGGUGCUCGUAAGCGUCCGAGACAAACUGCUGAAGACACGCGCACAGCAAACACCCGGCGCACCCUUAAGAAGCCAGGUUCGAGGCUACAGCAUGGCGUGGCAUCUCCUCUUGAGCUCGCAAACCCCAUGGAAGGCAGCAAGAACAACCCUGGCGAUACCGGCGCUCAAGGAGUGGGCGAUGUAUCCGGCAUCGCCACACCCGCCAACGACCCUGACCAUAUCCCGUUCCGACGCCAUCCGCCACGUACCAACAGGAAUCUGGCGAAAGCGCCAGCCGUAGACGAGGCUGUCGCUUCUGAUGACGGUUCCGAUGAAUACGAGCAAUCCUCCGAAGAAGCUGCUGUAUCCAAGGCGUUGUCGGUGGAGGACGACGAAGGUCCCGACGCAGAUGGACUGGCAAAGAAGACACACGUGCCGGCAGGGAUACUGCCCCUUGACAAAUGGGUUGACGAAGACGACUACUCGCACUCUCCAUACGACGAGGUUGCAGCACGGACCAUAGUCGCCGCGAAGAGUGGCAAUCUGGGUUCCAGUCGCGAUCCCAACCUCGUCAAGGAGUUCAAGGGUACCCACAAGGUAGAUGGCUAUAUGCACAUUCCUCCACUCUGGUUAGCGAAGAAAAUGAAUCGUGACCAGUUGGGCGCCGGAGAACGGGAGUUGUACGACGUGCAGAAGGAAGAGUGGGAGAGACAGGAUGCGAUCAUGGCUGGAGUGUCUCCUCCAAAGAAAACUGCUCGACCUAAGCGGAAAACCUGGCAUGAUGAAUAA